CACAAGUGUCCGUUGGGAGGAGAGGAGGGGAGCGGGCGGUACCGUACCGGCCGACCGCUCGCUGCCGCCGCGGCUCUAUAUAAUGGCAGGGGCACCGGGCCACGGCCACAACGGAUACCUCACCUCUACUCGUCUUCUUCCCUUCCUUGGCUCAUCAGCUCUGCUCGUCUUUUCUUUCUUCUCCGGCUCACCUUUCUGCCUUUCUUUCUCUUUUCUGUUCAAGUUUAGCUAGCUUGCCAGGGCUGCUACCUGCUCCCGCGCAUCUCGAUCUGUUUUUAGUCGAUCUAGAUCUGCAUCCGAGCAAGCAAGCAAGCUUCUCCAUUUUCUUUUGCUUUUGAUACACACAUACAUUCUAGUACAUCUCUCCGCCUGUUUUUGUUGGUUGGAGCUUUGAUUUCCUUUGCAUUCCUAGUUCAGUUCUCAACGUUUACUCGGAAUAAUCAGCCGACUCUGCUCAGAUCAGCCGCUUGUUUCGGCACCAGAUUUGGAAAGACCGACUCACAGAUGGAGUGUGGUUUGAAAUCCCUGAGCAGCAGCUCCUCCCCCGCAGCGUCGCCUUCUCUGAUGAUGGCCUGCAGGCCGUUCCCGCAGCCGCCGCUCCUGCCCCUGCCGCAGCACCUCCAGGCCUCGCCGCAGCAGCGGGCAGGCCAGCCGGCGAGCGGGGCGGCGUCGGCGCCCAUCGUGGUCGCGGCGGCGCCUAUGUCGGCGUGGACGUCCAUGGACUCGAUGUACUCGGUGUCGCCGCCGCCGAGCAGCGUCCCGAUGCCGACGUCGCUGCUGCUGGCCGCCGGCGCCGGCCGGAAGAAGGUGCCGACCCCGUGCGCCGUGCAGGUGGCAGGCGGGGGCGUGGACGUCGGCGCCACCGACGAGCUCCGCCGCCUGCUCCGGCUCUAGCCACCGCUGCUCUACUGUGGGAUGGCAAAGCGAGGGAGCUGCGGAUGGAUGUAGCCCGUUCAUGGAUCGUGGGUAGUUUUUUUUUACCGCGCCCGAGACGGAAUCCUGACGAGGCUGCUCCCCCGAGCUGUAACAACAAUGUACUGAUGCAGUGUUACCACUUCUAAUGAUGAUUUCCUUUUAGUUC